AUGGAAACUCAAGUUUUUAUUCCUUUUAGACCCAUUCCAACUCCCAACACCCACCCGGGAGUAAUGGCAGAGCGCAAUAUAUCCGACUCUAAAGAGAAGUUCUUUCGGUAUUUCCAAGCCGAAAUAACAGCUAUACAAACCCAAAUCGAUGAUCUUGCGACUCUAUCCCCUGUCGGCGGCGAGAGACAGGACUGCAUCGACAUGGUCCUAGCUGGAAUAUCUCGCCUGUCUAACGAGGUUAUGGACGCUGGCGAUUAUAUCCCGGCCUACGACCAACGAACAUAUGCUCAGGCUAUGAAAGCCCUCACAGACAAACUCAACGAGACGACGGCCAAGUUUGCCCCGAAGUCAAGAUUCCAGUUCAAGUCAAAAUCCUCCAAAGCAGCACCGGGAGCAGAACCUCGAGCCGAUCCCCGCCAACGUAACUCCUUCAACAAUGUGGGAUCUAGGCAGUCGCCGGUCUUGGAUGCAGCAAAACGUGACGCCGCAGGAACCGCAGCCGAAAUAGCGAAGAGCUACAAUGAAGAGCUUGAACAACAAUCAGGUGUGAGAAAGCCGAGUUUCUCUAAUGCCAAGAGUAUUUCUAUCUACGACCACUCCGGACUGCACAUUAUGCUGCCCUCGACAGCAUCUAGGGCUACGUCUUCGGGAAGUCUGACGAACCUCGAGCGAUGCGUCGUGGAUAUGACAGCACCUACAAGCGCGGGAACACCGUUUGCUGGUCUGGCGUUAAAUAAUAUUAGGGAGAGCUUGAUUAUCGCUGGCCAUGUUGCGGGUCCGGUUCACAUCACCGGACUGCGGAAUAGCAUAGUUGUGGUGGCUGCGCGACAAGUUCGUAUUCAUGAGUGCGAGAAUGUUGAUGUAUAUCUCCAUUGCUCAAGCCAUCCCAUUAUCGAAGACUGCUCGGGGAUGCGAUUCGCACCUCUACCGGAGCUCUAUGCUACUAAAUUGGAGAUAAAGGGCGAGAGCCAGUGGGACCAGGUUGACGACUUCAAAUGGCUGAAGACCGAACCAUCUCCGAACUGGGUCGUCUUGCCCGAGGAGAAGCGUAUCCCGGAGGACGUGUGGAAGAAUUCCGUGUGUGGAAGUCCUAGUCUCAGCACGGUUGAUAUACUGCGCAGAGCUGGUGUUCUCAGCUCAUGA